AUCGGAAAGGCUCCAGUACGUUUAUAUAGCUCACUGGCUUUGUAAUCUCGCACCGGCGUCAAGAUAUCUACAGGAGGCGCAUUUCUUGUAUGUGCGCGAUCUCGACCGUUAGAAAAUUGCGCCAUUUUUUUUUAGUUACGCAGUGAAUUGAAUUGUUUAGCGAAAAGUAGCCGCGUAAUCAGACGUGCGGAAAAGUAGCCGGGAGCGUGUCGUUCGAGCAUCCGUAAGCAACGAGUUGAUUUCGUUGCCGAUAAUAUAAUCAUCCACGUGCGCGGUCCGAGACGGCUGGCGUCAUCGAAGGGCAGGCAGGAUUGAUCAUCGAUCGAAAUAAACGAGAACGAAAACAGGCGUCCGGGGGAGCCAUCCAACAACGUACGCAGCGGUCGCCAAAAUUGGGUUGUUUUGGUAGAAAUUACGAUAAUUCUCUGUGAAGCAAAAUGUCGGUGGACACGCUGAGUGAUUCUGAGUUACGGACGAAGCUAAUGGAAUACGGCUAUCCGGUGGGACCGGUGACACAGACAACCCGCAAGAUUCUCGUGAAGAAACUGAAAAAUCUCAUCGAUACUCGUGGUGGCAGCAGCGGAUCCCGGCAUUCGUUAGCCGCGAGAUAUAGCAGCGAUGACACAGAUGAUGACACAAGCACAAAUGUCGUUAAGAAGAAGAAGAGUGCCAAUGUGCGUCGACAAACACUGGCAAGUCCUAUGCCUCCACCUUCGGUUAUUCCUUCUGAUGCUGCGAGUGUAUCGAAGAAUCCGGUCAGGGAAAAUUUAUCACCACCUCAUUCAGAAUUCAAGAAUCCCAAGACGACAGAUUUUGACAAUGCAAAUGUGUCUUCUAAGAUUCGCACAACUUCAAAAAGUAUGCAGAACAAAUUUAUAAGAACACAAAAAACUUACACCGAUGACUUAGAAACUGGAUCAGAUUCAGAUGUGAUGGAAGAUACUGGAAACACAUAUACACGCUCAUAUGAUAAGUACUCGUCUAGUCCAACUAGAGUGUAUGACUCUCGAGUGCACGAUCGGAGUGGAGUUCACUUCGAUUAUGAUCAAACGUUGAAAGCUAGACCUAUUAAUGUAAUGGAUAGCAAAUACAAUGCGUCCCCUUUGAAACCCAAUAUUUCUUCACUUCAACCUUCAAUGGAGGAUGCGAGUGGAAGAGACAAUGUGAGAGACCUUCUUGGAAACUAUGAAACUCCGUUUUUGUCAGAGUUUACGAGAAAACUUAGUUCGCGAUCAUUGAUAAAUAGCCCAUCACCGACAUUGUCGAACUUAAAAAGUUCCACAUUACGCAACACAUUGUCGUCCGGCUUACCAGAGGUGAAAGAAAGGGACUCGAAUGGUCACUUCUCUUCCUUAAGAAACAUGUAUUCGCCAUCAAGUCAGUUAAGCUCAAGGCACAGUGCAUCAUCUGCUGAUAGAGUACGGGAUAUCAUUAGUAGAACGGCUUACAAACCAUCAACAAUGAAUACAAACAGAGAAGAUGUACGGAACAACCAGAACAUCGUAUCGAUGGGCCUUGUAGCAGUAGUUGCUCUAUUCUUUGUAGUCCUUGCGAUAAUAUAUCUAGGACUUGGUGGAAAAACAGAAACGCUUCCAACGCUUACAUCGGAUAACAACAUACCACAAUGUUUCCUUGAUGGAGCCCGCGAUCUUAGAGUACCUGGAGUAAAUUGCGUAAUGAAGGAAAACAUAGAAUCCGUAUUGCAACUAUUGAAACGCCUACAACCUAUUUUAACAAGAAAAGCAGUCUCUAAAAUAUGCGAAAAUUCAAAUGAAAACCCGUAUUUGACCGAUGCGGACAUCCUACAGAUGUUUACAAGUGAUAAAGUGACAAACCUUGAGGUAAAGGAGGAUCUGCACAAUGCACAAUUUUUAAUCAUUAAGAAUCCCAAAUGGGGUAUUUCGCUUCUUGAUAUAAAUGAUGAUAAUGGAGCAACUACCGAAGUGUUGGAUACUCUGGAUAAAUUAUUUUCCGCUCGUCUAAAUGGAAAAGUCGGAAUGACAAUUUUAAGUCCUGAGCUGCCGAUGCAAUGUCUCAUUAAGAACAAACUUUUUACCAUCUUUUCUUUUCUUCUUAUAAUGGGAAUCGUUUCAUUAGCAGGUAUCGGGAUUUAUAAAUUUUACCUUUGGUACCUAAAAUACAAGAAAUGUACGGAGAGAGAGAUAUUUAAGCUUGUUAGUGAAAUUAUAAAUAUUGUCGAAACGCAUCACAAUGCGUCCACACAAUCUGGCGGCGCGCAGGAAAGCUUUCUCGCAAUAAAUCAUGUACGAGACAAUCUUAUUCCACCGAAAGAUCGCAAAAGAAUGGCCAAUCUUUGGGAGAAAGCAGUGAAAUUUCUGGAUGAAAAUGAAUCUAGAAUUCGAAGGGAAGUGCAACAAGUGGCAGGGGAAGAAUUUCAUGUAUGGCGAUGGCUGCCAAAUAACACUUUGAAUAAAUCUCCUGUACAAAUCACAACUUCGGGUAAAAAAUCGAAAGUCUGGCAAGGACAAGCGUUCGAAACGAUGGAAGGGUCAGUUAACAGUUUGACUUGUUCACCGACACCUUGUUUAAAAAUUAGGCAUAUGUUUGAUCCAGAUAUCGAAACCGAAGACGAUUGGGAGACAAGAGUACAGGAUGCUAUUUUAGAAAAAUGUGGAGAGGGUGUCAAGAUACUUCAUAUUCGAGUAGACAUCGGUAGUCGCGAAGGUUGUGUUUAUAUGAAAUGUAUGUCGCAGGAAGAUGCUGGCAAAGCUUACAGGGCAUUACACGGAUGUUGGUUCGAUGGUAAUUUAGUGACUGUAAAGUACCUGAGAUUGGAGCGUUAUCACGAACGAUUUCCGGACGCUGUCCGCUGUGUAACGCCUCUCAAACCAAGUAACAAUCAACGACUAUCCAUGCAAGCUCAUUAUUGGCAGAGUCCUGCGGAAGCGAAUUAACAACUUACAUUUCUGCUUGGACGUUGAAAAGAAAUGUGACUUUUAUGUUUGAUCACACACAAUUACUUGCUGAUUAAAACUUACGGAAUCUUUUUAUUUUUAUUUUUUUUGUUCUAAGAUAAAAUACUUUUAUGCUGCAGCGCAAAUACAUAUUACGAUUGAUAGUUAUCUUUUA